CUUCUUCUCGGAAUUUUUUUUUUUCUGCCUCUUGAUCUUCUUCCCAUCUGCGGUUUUACACAGAGCAAUGGCCAACGCUCAUGCCGACGAUUUAGACGAGCUUCUCGAUAGCGCACUGGAUGAUUUCAAGGAUCUCAAUCUUGCUCAAAGAAGUGGGGGAGAUGAGAAGAAGGAGAAGGAACUGAAUCCAUUGCCAAGUGGGGUUCAAGGUCUGGGAAUGGGAUUACCCGAUAUGAGAAAUAAAAAGAAGGGAAAGCAAAAGGUUGCUAAGGAGGAGAACCAUGUUGCAGAAGCUCUUGAUAAGCUCAGGGAACAAACCAGGGAGACUGUCAAGGGACUGGAGUCCUUGUCGAAGUCGCCUGUUUCUGAUGAUGCCAUGGUCGAGGAUUGGCUCAAACAAUUCGAGGAGCUUGCUGGGUCUAAGGACUUGGAAUCUAUAGUGGAUACAAUGAUGCAGCAGCUUCUGUCAAAGGACAUUCUUCAUGAACCCAUGAAGGAGAUCGGUGAAAGAUAUCCGAAAUGGUUAGAAGAGCAUAAAGCCAGUCUGAGUAAAGAAGAAUACGAGCGUUACUCGCGCCAGUAUGAGCUGAUCAAGGAACUCAAUGGAGUCUACGAGAACGAGCCAAAUAACUCCAUCAAGAUAAUGGACAUCAUGCAGAAGAUGCAGGAAUGCGGGCAACCACCGAGCGAUAUCGUGCAGGAGAUCGAUCCUGGGUUUGAUUUCGCCAGUUUAGGACAGAUGUCUCCGGAGAUGUUGGAGUCAUCGCCGGGUUGCUGUAUAAUGUGAGUUGAGUUGAAGAUCUUCAAGAGGGUUCGGUCUGGUUUGUCAUUGGAUGUGGUGUUGUCUUGUUCUUGUACAACUGAAAGCCUAUUUCACUUGAAUAUUAUUGCUCUUUGUAUCAUUUACCAAAUCUUCCUUUUGUGUUCAAACGUAAGGCUUCUGCUUGAUGACA